AUGAUAUCAAAUUAUCAGCCAGGAUUUGUCCAGCGUCGCUCUACAACAACUAACUUGCUAUGCUACACCAGCGUAUUAUUUCGGGAAAUCGAAUGUCGAACUCAGGUGGACUCGGUAGACAUCGACUUCGCAAAAGCAUUCCAUACCGUUCCGCACACCUUCGCAAUUGGGAAGCUGAGGCAUAUGGGCUUCCCCGAUUGGAUACCCGACUGGUUAAUGUCGUACUUGACCGUCCAGGUGAACUUUGCGCGCUCCAGAAAGUUCAACAUCCCGUCUGGAGUUCCGCAGGGAAGUGUAUUCAAACCGCAGCUUUUCGUCAACGACUUGUGCCAACAAAUUUCUUCUACAAAGCUGCUUUUCGCCGAUGACCUAAAAAUCUUCCGAAUUAUUAAGUCCAUGAUGGAUUGUGUGACAUCGAUGACUCGAUAUCCUUUCACGUUGGUGCAAAAAGAGCGGCAUGCGUGUGAACAUUAA